UGUGUGUGUGUGUGUGUGUGUGUGUGUGUUUCUCACCGACACACUGCGGGGUGAAAACACACACCGCUUCAGUUUAAAGCAGAGAGACAGUGCGGAGACUGAACACACACACACAUUAAACCGCGCCCGUGUGUGUGUGUGUGCAAGUGAGAGUGUGUAUUUGUGUGUGUGUGUGUGUGUAUUAGUGUGUGUGCACGCGGGCACGAGGACUCCCGCUUUGGUGCAAUGCUGCUAGCGGAGCAUGGGUACGACUGCUAGCGCCGCCCCUACACCAGCGUCUGAGGGUUUCCACGGCAACACCAUGAUGGACAGCAGGCAGCCACUAAGCCCCGCCCCCUUUAUCCACACCAACAGAGCCAAAUCCAUCAUCACCAAUAAAGUGGCUCCGGUCGUUAUCACCCUUAAUUGCAAACAAGAGUUUCAGAUCCAUGAUGAUGUCAUCAAGACGAAUUACACAGUGGGACGCAUUUCUGAUAACAUGCCUGAACACUUCCUGGUGCAGGGCUCCUACUUCAUGGUGUUAGACGUGUUCGGUAAAGCGGACGUUCUCAACACAGCUGCCUCAUGCGGAGCUCCAAACUUCCGGCAGGCCAGAGGAGGUUACCCCGUGUUUGGAAUGGGUCAGCCCAGCCUGAGUGGUUUCAAACAGGUCCUGUACACGCUGCAGAGCCGAGGGCACGAGGAGGUGAUAGUUUUCUGUGUGAGGGAGGAGCCGGUGGUGUUCCUGCGUGUGGAGGAUGAUUUUGUUCCGUACACUCCGAGGAAAAAGGAGAACCUGCACGAGAACCUACAGGGCCUGAGUAAAAACCUUCAUGUGGAGAACCUCGAGCUCAACAUCAGGAAAGAGCUGCAUGACUUUGCCAGGCUGAACGAGAAUGCCUUCUACAUCUACAACACUUUUAAAGAUGAGCCUCAGAGGAUCAUCAUCUCCUGUGAAGACGACAUUCACGUCACUGAAGAGGUUUACAGGAGGCCUGUUUUCACCAUGCCGUCAUACAGGUAUCACCGUCUGCCUCUGCCAGUAGAGGGCGCUCCCCUGGAGGAGAACUUCGACGCCUUCGUGAAAGUGUUAAGGGAGACCCCGUCUCUGUGUGUGAAAGGGGGCGGAGCCUGUCCUCCCCCCGCCCUGCUGUUCAGCUGUCAGGUCGGUGUGGGUCGUACCAAUGUGGCCAUGAUCCUGGGGGUUCUGGUGAUGGAGAGAGUGAUGGGAAAUGAACAACCUUCACCGUCUACACACACAACUGAUGAGGAAGAAUCGACCACUGAGGUGAAAGUUCACUUCCGGGUCAUUGAGACGCUCAUCAGUAAGCUGCCUAAAGGUCAACAAGUUGUAGAUGAGGUGGAUCGAGCCGUUACUCUGUGUUCUGAAAUGCACAACAUCAAAGACGCCAUUUAUGAGAACAAGAAGAAGCUGGAGGCCAUCGCAGAGGAUUACCAAACCCAGGGAAACUGUACUAAGCUGUACUUCCUACAGAGGCUGGUCCAGAGUUUGGAACUUUACUUCUACCUGAUCCUCUUCAACGCCUACCUGCAUGAACAGUAUCCACUUGCUUUCUGUCGGAGUUUCAGCCAGUGGCUGUGUGCUAAUGCCUGGGUGUACCGCCUCCUGUCCUGCCUCAACCAAUCAGAGCUCAGAGCACCUGCUGACCUCAUCACGAAAGGAGCCAGAGUCCUGGUGGCUGAUGAGUUCUUGGCCCCGGAUGUUCUUCUCACUGUAAAGGAAAUGAAGGUGGCGAAUUUCAGACGCGUGUCCAAAAUGCCCAUCUACGGAAUGGCCCAACCUGCAGCCGAGGCAGUGGGUGUGGUCCUGUCGUACCUGGCGGAUGAGAGGAGGCGGUACUCGGCGGUUCUGUGGGUGUGUGUGCAGGAUGAGCUAGUGCUGGAGUGUAACGGUCAGAUCUUCUGUCCCCGAGAGCCGACGUGUCCCGAGCAACAGAUCUCACUGUACGGCGCAUCAGCUCAGGAGAUAGAGGAGCUGGAGUGCUCCUUGAAGGACGAGGUGUUAGGUUCUCAGAAGUGGUUGGAGGUGACGCUGGAGCAGGAAAAGCAGAUGAAGAUGUUUAAGAGCUGCAGGACUCUGCAGGAGAUCUUCAGCACACACAAACAGACUCACCAAGGCCUGCAAUACACACGCAUCCCUCUGCCUGAGUGUGCAGCGCCUAGGGAGGAGGACUUUGACAGACUGCUGGACGCGAUGAAGAGUGUGUUAGCUGAUGAUUCUCGUGCUGCGUUCGUGUUUAAUUGUUCUAACGGCGGCAGCAGGAGCACCACCGCCAUGACCAUCGCCACACUCACACUCUGGCACUUUAACGGCUUCCCUGAGUUUGGAGAGGAGGAGAUUGUCAGUGUUCCUGAUGCUAAAUACACGAAGGGGGAGUUUGAGGUGGUGAUGCGUUUGAUCAGACUCCUCCCUGAUGGUCACAGGAUGAAGAGAGAGGUUGAUAUUGCACUGGAUUCAGUGAGUGAGACGAUGACACCUAUGCACCAUCACCUGCGGGAGAUCAUCAUCUGCACAUACAGACAGAUGAAGAGCUGUAAGAAUGAACAGGAGCGUGGCUCUCUAAUGCUGAAGAGUGUGCAGUAUCUGGAGCGCUACAUUUACCUGAUCCUCUUCAACACCUACCUGCACCUGGAAAAGAAGAACUCCCUCCAGCGCUCCUUUUCCACCUGGAUGCACCAGGUGGCAGCCCAAGCAGGAGUGUAUGACCUCCUGAACCAGCUGACGUUCUCCGAGUUUGAGAACCUAAAAGACUCAACGUUCUCCCAUCUUCGGUUCCGCUGGAGAGAACAGACCAACCGGAACCUUCCGUACAGGGGGGAGAUCGUCUGAGAACAGGUGGUGAGGGAGUCGGGAGUCGGGUUACUGGAGAGAGUGAUGGGAAAGAAAGAGAAAAAGACAGAGAGAGAAUAGAAGAAUAGAAAUCUGCUGAAGAUGCUGAUGUUUUAUGAUCACUGUGCUUUGGGAAAUUAUUUUGAUUAUAAUAUUCAUUAUACUUUUAAUUAGAUAAAUUAAUUUUAGUGCAUGAUUAGAGUUCGUUAAGCAUUAGAUUCUAAUUAAGUUCCUUUAAUGUUUAAUCUGUUUUUAAUUUAUCUGCAUGUCCACUUGUCACAGCGAGUCUUAUUCUUUUUACUGAAGACGCAGUCUGGAUCUGUUGUGAAAUCUGGCGUACCGUACGGCAACGUAUCCUCAUUUUAAUAAUCCAUCUGCUGCUUUGUCUCUCAGGCAAGGAUGCACUUUUAAAGGUUUAAUUCACUUCUAAACAUGAGAAUGCAGAGGAGCAAGCAUCCCCUGGGUCAAAAGGGGUGGAGCUUCAGUUAAAAUUGACCAGCCAAUCAUUAACCUAACUUUAGCUGGCAAAUUAAAUUCAUCUCUCUAUGUUCACACUAGUGACGAGUUGCUCAUGGUUCGUCUCUUGACGGUGUGGAGCUACUGCUUUUGUUCCAAUGAAAAAAGAUUGUAUAGGACAGAAUGAGAUGAAACCACGGUUAAGUUUCCCUUCCAUUUUUGAGCAUCAGAUAGUGAAAGGGAAGUAAAUGCGGUUAGGAACUGAAGCUGUGAAUGGGGAACUGGGGAAAAAAGAAAGACCACAUGUCGUAGAAUUGGUUUGAGGAAUUAUGAUUUGGUUUUGUUGCUUUACUGAGUCAGGCUUAACUAGUAUAGCUGAGUAGGUAACGUUAGCUAGUCCAGUGCACUCUGACGCUUUCGUCGUGUUUAGGAUGGAGUAAAACAGAGUAAGCUGCGUAUCAGGUUGAUUACUUCCCCGAAAGAGGUGUUCAGUGCAGCUCUGAAGUGUUUACUUGAUUCCUGUAAAAGAUCUCCACUGCACUCCAUUCAAUCAGCCGUUUCAUUGUUUUUUAACGUACGCUUCUUGUCUACAUUCCUGUCGACUUGUCUGUGUUCUCCUGGUUGACUCUCCUUGGCCAUUUUAAGGGCUUCUUUAUUAUUUUAUCAGCUCGAGUAAAGUGUGCAAGACCUGCACAUGAGUGUGUACCCAGGAACUCUCGUCUUGUAUCGUCCAUUAGAGCUGAUGCAGUAACAGAACGGCCUGAGGAGACGAAGAUGUGAUUAAAAACAAUAACAGGACAAGACAAGAACUUUAAUGUUAAGUUAAAGACAUAUCCAGCCAAUAAAAUGCCAGUAUUAUGUUAUUUUUAUCUUUUAUAAAAGUUUUUGUUUUUGUACAAGUUUACACAUUUUGAACUGUUUCCUUACAAAAUACUCUGUAAAUCCAAACUUUAAUCCACCCAUUGUUUACUACUUUUAUAUCAUUUUCACAAUUAACUGUCAUUAAUGUUAUUAACAUUGGAGAGCGGAUUUUUAAUGAUGCCACUUUUGCAUAUUUUUUGUAAAGAAUGUUUUUGCACUCAGCAUUAAAUGUUUUAAACAUA